ACACACAGCCACAGUCGACCGCGCUGGCCGACGCGGUGCACGUCUGUGCUUGCGCGCGCUUUUUGCAUUUUAAAAAGUUAAACGUCAAAACUUUUCAACACACUCAAUUUGAAAUUUUGAACAUUCAAAUUUUAGGAAUGUAACUGGAUUAUUUAAACGGAAUAAACGUUUUGUGCCAUAAUCGCAGUGAUGUUAUAGUGCGAGGUAGAUUGUAAGAAUACAAAAUGGGUGUUUUAACGAGGUUCCUCUUAGUGACCGUCUUGCUGCCUUGUGUUUUGGGCCAAGCGCAAGCCGAGUGUUUUGGUGCGGGUAGCGUCGCAGGAGCCGCUAUCGGUGCUUUCCUUGGAGCCCUUUUACUGGUUGCAGCCGCUUACUACAUAAGGAAACUGUAUUGGAAGUCACGCAAAGGGAAACACCUCGUACUAUCCACGGAUCCGGAAUCCGUGAAGGAUGAGUUCGCGUUCGACAACCCUGGCUUCAGGCAGGAGGAAAGGCAGGCAUGGAGGCAUGAAGCGCCCACAUUGCCUCUGGGAGGCAAGACCAGCGCCCUACAAGCCGAGUUUACCAGACCCGAGCACAGCAAAGAUGAUUUAUACCUACAGCGUGGUCGAGUCCGUCGGGUGAAGCUAUGGGCGCGAGACUUCACCGGUCUAGGGCUGCAAUGUGGUGGAGGCGCGAGGGAAGGUGUUCAUAUACAUUCUGUUUUAAGAAGUGGACCAGCAGCGGCUGCCAAUUUACAACCUGGCGAUAAAAUCAAGAGUAUAAAGAUAGAGUUAACUGGCACACCUCUAGAAGAUGCUGUGGCUAUUCUCUCAUUGGCUUCACCGUAUCCUGUUGAACUCGAGGUGGUUGAAGGUGGUCGUGCGAGUGGUGGAGGCUGGCCUGUUAGACAUCCCUUGCUGAAAAGAGCAGGCUCUACUGGAGAUGUUUCUAUGCUUGAAAAAGAAGGGAAGCUGUUACACCCGCCAAGAUCACCAAAUACGUCUCAUUCUAACAACUCUACAUUAGAAACUAAACAAGGCAAGGGAGGGAUCAAGAAAAUACUGGCCGAAAAGAUUAUAACAACAACCACACUUGAGAGAAACAAGAAAGAGAAGAAAGAUGGCGCACCUUCAACGUUAGAAAGAGAAAAUGAAAAGAAUCUAAAAAUGGCGGGCAAAUCAAGACAUUCCGAUAUACCACCUGGGUUAAGUAAACCUGAAAGGAGUAAAAACAGGCUCUCCUCUGGAAGUGACAUUCAAAUUAUACAACCUGAGAACGGCAUCGCACAAAUAGAACAGGCAGAAGUACAAAAAAGAGAUUAUGAUCCUAAGAGAGGUAUGAAAUUCGGUAUUAGAGUACUUCCGCCCAACGUUCCAGAUGACGGCGUCCUUAAACAGAAAAGCCCGGAAAAUGGAAACGUUGUGUUAGAAAAGAAAUCAGUUGAUGAACCAGAUAAGCCUGAACCCCAACGUCCAGCUCCGACUGCGCAUAUAAAACACGAGUCAGAAAUGGAAACUAAGAAACCUGUAGUAGCCAAACGGCGAGAAAAGAUGGCUCCACCAAUACCCAACGCUCGUGUAAAGACAAAUGAUUCGGAAACAUCAAUAAACAGCAGUGUUGAUUCCAAAGUAUCUGACGCCUCAUCGUUUGCCAGAAGCGACCUCAACUCUAGUGGAAUCAAAAGAGAUGAAAAUGGGAUUCCACAAGAAUUACCAGCUCAUAUGUUCGAGGCGGCUAAAGCUGCUAGAAGCAAUAGAAGAAGUUCCGCGGACUUGGUUCAAGAGAAAGAAAAAGGAGACACUAAAAAAGAAGAAGCACCAAAACCAACAAAGAAAUCUAAAGGAAAAGCGCCAUCUCCUCCAGAUUCUGAUAAAAACAAAACGGAUGAUAGUAUUCUAGAACAACUAAAGAACGUUAACGAUUUCUUGAGUAACGAAAAACAACAUUCCAGUCUUUUAUAUGACACAUCUAUAUCGAACAAAUCUACUUCGUCUAUGUCAAUUUCCUAUAAUACCUCAACUCCAAAAGUUAGUAAAACCAAACCAUCUCGUAUUGAUGACUCCAUUAAUUUCACACAAGAUGACAUAGAUGACAUCGUUUCUAAACCAUUCAAAAGAGAAAGCGAUUCUUUAAACAAUUUCUUCGAAGAUUCUAAAUCUAAUUUAUCUUCAAAUCAAGAUGUUCAUUCUGUUGUGUCUUUGAAUAACAGCGACAAGAGCGAGAAAGGCUCUACUACAAUCGAACUUAAUAAUAGUGAUAUUACAAUACACAGUUCUCCUUUAAACGAUACGGUGAAUUCAGCGUCGGAUGAUACAUCUUUGUUGGACGAAAAUGAGAGGAAAGCAGCUUCUUUGGGAGAUUUGUCCAGAUUUGAACUUAGAAUCAAGACAAACAAACCUUCCACCGGUACUUUAGAACGGGCACAAAGCUUAGAUAUAUCUGCGGAAGAUGCUGAGAUUCAAGAAAGUGCUCUAUCACCGAAAAAACGUAAAGCGAUGUCAGUUGUUGAAACAACGUUCUUUGAUUCGGGCACAGAGGAUGCGUCAUCAGAAAUAAUUGACCCAGAGAAAGGCGUAGUUUUAAAACAAAAAGAACCAAGAUUGAGUUUGAAUAUAGCAAAAACAUCAGCUAUUGAAGGCCUUAAUACGUUCCAGAGGAAUCGUCUAAAGAAAGCGUCAGAGUUUGGGAAUUUAGAAGAUGCUAUAGUGAAAGGUUCGAGCAGUUCCAUUGAUUCUGACCAACAAGAGAAAGAAGCUCAUAUUAAAAGAGCACAGGCUAAAGAAGUCGAUGUCUUACAUCAAGGAGAAAGUCACGAAACCUCAGAUCAUUUAGCAAGAAGAAUAAUGGAUGAAAAUAUGAAAGUCCACUUCAAACUUGUCUCAGAAUUCGCUAAAACCACAUCAGAUGGAAGCAACACAAGUUCUAUAGAAAAUCAAGAAACGUAUACAGAUGCUGGAAGUAGAUCCCCGCCGUUGGAAUACGAGGAUAAAAUAAGCAUGAAUUUUGACACGAACAUGCCAGAUGAUUUAAAAAUGUCGCGAAACUCUUACGUUAAUAGCUUAGAGAGACCUAAGUCUGACAUGAUGAAGAAACUGUUGGCUAAAAAUCCCAUUUUCAACGUUCAUAUAGAUCAAACUCAAAAACACGAAGCUACGACCAGCAAAGACCUACCAUCUAUGACAGAUUCAUACAAAUCAGCCAUGCAUCAACCGGACAUCGUCAACUUUGACCUAAAAACAUCUGAGCCUAAAGGUCGAGAUUACGAUGAGUUCGUUAGCAACAUAAGAGUGGGAUCAAAUAAUAACAGUUUGAAAAUGACCAAGAAACCUCAGGAAAACUUUAGCACAGAAUGGUCGGGAACCAAAGACGCACACAGUAGUAAUAUAGUUACAAUAUCAACGAGCGACAAAAGCAUACCUUCAGUUGAAAAUAGAAAAUCUUACACCAAGUCUAUAGAGAUAGGUGAACCGGUGAUGAGAAUAGUACCAGAUGUUAUAGAAGGUACUAAGAUAAGAAACGACCAAAGAGAAAAUAGAACUUUAUACAUGGAACCGGGGAAUGUUUCUCUAACUAUGACACAAGAACCUGUACAAAAAACUGUCACAGUAAACGUAACCGAAGAUGAUUUUGAAAAUAAAGUGAUAACACAGAAUGUUGAAAAAUACUCAACACAGUACUUGACUACGCGCACCGAAGCACCUCUACAAGUCGAACAAAUUAGUUUUGGAAUUAUGAAAAAUCCAGGCGACAUAGAUCAACUGAAUUUAGAAGAAGGUGAAAUCAAAGAUUUCGACAAAAAGCUUUUGGAUGAAAUUAAAAGACAAAAUCCAAACAUGCACUUCACAUCUGAUGAACCCUCAUACACAAAAACUGAAACAAUAAUAUUAAACACAACUGAAAUGGACGAGGAACAAGCAAAAGCACUAAUGGAAAAACUACAAAACGAUCCUAGUUUUAUGGCACAAAAGAGUCCGGAAGAACUCUCACGUCUCGGUAUAAGGAUAGUUCAAGAUUUGGAAGACGAACAAACUGUCACAAAAGAUUUAGUAGAAGCAACCAAAACUAGAUACUCCAUAAAUCCAACGAUAAUGCCAAUAACACAGCACGAAUCUAAAACUGAAUUAAAAGACCAUAUAACAGAAAUCCAAGUAGUGACACCGCAGACAGAAAAGAAUCAGAAAAAUGAUUCUACAAAAGAUAAAGUUGCAAGCAGACAAAGAGCACCAGUUUACGAAGAGCCCUUGCUAUCCUACGAACUCGAUAUCGAACUGCUCAACGAUUUUAUCUUGAACGAAAGGCAUCACACAGCGAAACAACUUAACGAAAUAAAGAAACGAACGAAAACCGAACCAAAGAAAAGGCAUUCAGAUUUCGAUCUACCGAGAAAUAGUCACAUUAAAUUCCGUACAGCGACAUACGAGUCUCCUAAAGGGACGAUAGUAACAAGCACAGAUCUAGAAAACCGUAGACUGUCCCAACUCGAUCAGAUGACGUUGAGAUCGGCUGAACAACCGGUUGUGAGUCAAAAGCCGGCGAUUUCCGCGAAACCGAGUAAUAUACCGGUUAAGAUGUCGGAGAAAUCGAAAUCGGUUUCUCAGGUAUCAUCAAAAAUACCGGUUUUCGGUACUGUCAAAUCUCUCAGUCAAGAGAAUUUGUCGGACAGAAACUUUUCACUACCUCGCUCGCCGCCGCCCAGUCUCAGCGGCAGUUCGGGAAAUAUUUCCGUAACAUCUAUUAUAAAAUCUAGUUCUAAAAGUCCUAGCGGGGGCUUGCUUUAAGGAUUUAUACGAUUAUGUUCUUUUGCACAAAUAUUAUUGGAAGAAACAAAUUAUUUUACACGUAAUAUUUUUAUAAACACUAUUCAAACUACUUAUCUGUCAAGAAAAGUUGCUGGAAAGAAAAUGGAUCUUACUAACAACAGUGAAGAAAAAAAA